AUGGAUGAUGUUGCUGGUUUGAGGGAUGAUGUGUUCCCAAAUGAAAAAAAGAUAUUAAAUAAAUUCACUUCUGGGCGGAUUCGAAAUUGUUGUGUUGUUUUGUUUUCACCAUUCACAGUUUUAAAUUCCCAUAAAAUAUGUAAAAAUGAGACUGGAAUAAUGUGGAAAAUCACCAGAAAAAUCGAUAAACCUUGCAAAAGUUAUAAGAAAAAUUGUAAGACUGCAAAUGGUAAAGGAAAUUCAGAACUGGAAAGUUGUGGAGGUGAAAGUGCAGCGAUGAAAUGGCUGAUGCACCCUGGAAAGCUUCUUAUGAUAGAAAAUGGAAUUUCUUCUCGUGACGUUACAUACGAUGCUCUUUGA